GGAGGGUGCCCGAGCGCCACCGACCCAGCGCGGCUGCUGGCCUGGGCCCCACCCCCGCGGUGGGUCCGGGCCCUGCCUCUCCCGGCCAGGCUGGGAGAGCCGGCGCUUGCGGCUGCGGGUGGUGCGGCGCAGCGGGCCCAGCCCCGGUUUGGAGCGGACAGGGAGGGUGGACCUCAGGUCAGACCAGCGGCCCCUCACCCGGGGCCUGGGGGGUUCCCACUUACCCGCCCCCCCCCCCCCGGCUGGCCCUUCGGUCGCCACCACCCCUGGCCUCUCCCGCUGAGCUCGGCGCCCCGGAGAGGAUUAAACCUCACUACCUUUCAUGUCAUCCAAGUAUGCUCACGCCGGUCAUCUUACCCACAGAGAGGCGGCAGGGCUUCAUUCUCACCUUCCUAAAGCCACAUGGGAACUGCCGAUAUAUCAACCUAUCCAGGGAAGCAGAGAGCUUCCUUUAUCCAAGGAGGUGGCCAGCUGCAUGGGUAGCAGGGCCACAGGCUGGGACAGUCCUGAUGUCAGAAGUGAGUGAGCAGGUUGACUGACCACAGGCAGUCUCUCAGCAUCAGCAUGAACUCCAGGAUCCUGUCUGCCAGGGGUUGGCUCAGCACCCGCCCAUCCACCUCUGAGCCCAACCUUGAGCCUGCCACGGAUGGGACAGCGUCUGCGACCACCACCCUCAGCCCAGAAGCCACCAGCUUUAAUGGCACCAGAAUGACUGACGUGGGUAGCGGCACAGCUGGCGUGGGCACAAUGCUUCUGUCCUUCGGGAUCAUCACUGUGAUUGGCCUGGCCGUGGCCAUGGUUUUGUACAUCAGAAAGAAGAAGAGGCUGGAGAAGCUCCGCCACCAGCUCAUGCCCAUGUACAACUUCGACCCCACGGAGGAGCAAGACGAGCUGGAGCAGGAGCUGCUGGAGCACGGGCGGGACGCAGCCUCCACACUGGCCCUGCAAGGCAAGACCACUCUCCCGUCUCAGGGUCCACUGCAGAGGCCCAGCCGGCUGGUGUUCACUGAUGUGGCCAAUGCCGUCCACGCGUGAGCGGCCCGGGACAGGCCUGGACCUCUGGUGCAGACACCUGCCUCCAUACCCACAGAGCAGCUGAGUCUCGGGACCUACCCUGCCGAGGCCCCUGCUGUCCUGCCGACCCACCCGCUGCCUCUCCGGGCUGGGCAUCUGGCCACUGACGUCCCCUGAUGUGAGGGUCCCAGCAUGGAGGACACCCCUCCUACCAAAAAGGCUGACAGCCACUGCUGGCUUCCUUGUGUUCUACCCAGACCCCCUGAGUCCGGGUCUGCCCCCCGAGUGUGGAGGGAGUGGAGUAGACAUGGGAGGGGAGGGGAGGAGCGUAGGGACAGACCUGUCUUUGGCAUCCGGAGCCUCCUCUGGGGCGGGAGAGGCGACCACCCAGGCCUCGGGGACAGAGUGUGGCGGCACCCUGGGUGGGGCUGAAGUGACGCUGAGGAGGGCUACUCACAGCCCAGGCAGGCCCACGGUGCAGAGUGUCCGUGGGGUCUCCCUGCCACUGCUCUCCGGUGGCCAGCUGUUGGCUGGGUCUAAACGAGGAUGGCAGCCGAGGGGGAAGGACAGUGGGGGAGCAGGUGUGGAAGCAGGGGGACAGGCAGGGCCCAGACCUGCAGAAAGGCCUCCCGCAGUGCACGAACCUGCCCACGCACAGCCGUGUGCCUGUCCCGGCACCGGGGACAGGAUGCAGACACCCGGGGUGUGUGGAGGGGAGUGGGGUGUGGCCACUUCUGCCUUCAAUGUUCAGGGGCUGAAGGGAGAGGAGAGGAGAGGGUGAGGGUGCCGCUGCCCCUACCUCUCUUCAUGGGGCUCUGAAAGCCAGGGAACCUGCUUCUGCAACCCGGUCCCUGUCUUGCUGUAUGCGGGGAGCUGGGGCUGGAGGUGGGCCUACGGGGCUGAGAGCGGAGGUCGCAGGCUGUGGGCUGGCGGGGGAUGUUCUGGCCGCCUGAGGUGGGGUGGGGACCCCCUCUUGGGAACAGACCGAAGGAACCUAGUCUGUUUUUUGAUCAUAGCGCCCACCCGCCCAUGGCCCACCCACCCAUUCCUCUCAGGAAUUCUACCAGUCUGCGGGGUGUGGGCAAGGCAUUGGGCCAAGCCCGCCCCCAGGACCUGCUGGGCAUGCAGUGCACUUGAGCACGCCCAGAAGCAUGUCCCCCUGCCCAGCCUUGCCACUGUCACUGUCCUCUGCUGGCCGGAGGGGCCGUGGGGGCGCCAUGUACAAAUCUUCUGUUGGGCAAAUACCACGUGUCAAAAUGUGAGCGCCCAGGUGGCCCACGUGGGGAAGAUUCUGGAUGCAUUUCCUCCUGGAGAUGCUAUAAAUAGGGUAUCACUGGGAUGGACCUGAGGGUGGCGGGCAAUUCAGGAUGCACGGAAGCUGUAAUUUAGCUCACAGCGUCUUUGUGUGAGAGCAUUAAAGAUGUCAUUAGGAUGUUCCCGUG